AUGGAUAUUGAAGAGCCUAUAAAGGAACAAGGAUCUACUUUUUCUCUUGAUAUUCUGGCUCUUACAAAUGAAGCUCGAAAUACUUAUGGUCUUCGACAUCAGGAUUAUUCGCGUUAUAGACAAUAUUGCGCGAAAAGGGUCCAUCGUCUUCGUGAGUCAGUGAAUUUUGUUCACAGUAAAGGUAGUAGAUUCAAUCAGGCAAGAGAGGUAACCGAAGCAGAUCUUAAUGACGUAAGGUUCUUGCAUAUUGUAUUAUUUGACGUUGAACGUGCUUGGAGUUAUGCAAUGGAAUUGAAAAGAGAGUCCAGAUCUAGUGGUGAUACGCGUAAAAAGCAUCAUUUAAUUAAAAAAUUAAAAAAAGCGGCAAAAUUAGGUGAAAAAUUAGAAAAUUUAUGUUCACGAGAAGCUGGUAAAGUUGAUACUCGGACCGUUUUGGAAGCUCAGGCAUAUUCUGCUUUGAUGUCUGGCUACCUGUUGUUCGAGAAACAAUCAUGGCAAGCUGCCUUAGAUAAAUUUGCUGCUGCAAGGACGAUAUAUGAAAAAUUGUCCGCUGCAGGAACUGCCCAUCAAGAAACACUUUGUCAAUCAGCCAUUGAUGAUAUUGAUCCUAAUAUCCGUUACUGUGCCUACGUACUACGGUUGGGUGCUGAUAAUGUCUCUGAUGUGGAAGCUCUCGUAAAAAUGACUAUCGGAAAAAAUAAAGGUGUCGGUUUGGACUUAUUAGAAGCAGAAGUGGAGUCUGUCUUAGCUCAAACUCGUCAAGAAAAGGCUGCAUCACUUACAUCCAUAACUUGGCGAGGUCACACCGUCCCACUUAGAAAUGCGGAUUUAGCGAUUUGCAUUUUGAAAGCACAAGAUGCAACAACAAAUUUAGAAAACGCUUCUGAUGCAGAUGUAGAAGAAGCGACAAAAAUGGAAAUGUUUGAUUCUCUUCUUGAGGCUUAUGGAGAUGCAGAAAGGUUCGCUAAGAAUGCCGUGAAAGAAGAUAUGGAAGCGACUGCAAAAGUCAAAUCUUCCAAAUCGGAUCAAAUUUCCACAGAUCUCAAUUUCGUUUAUAAUUAUGUAGCAUAUAACUAUUUGAGCCGUAGAAUUCAACGGAACUUGAUGCUUGUUGAUUCACUUCGGCAUAAAUUAGGACAAGAGCAUUCGGAAGGUGCUCGAUUUAUUGGUGGAAAAUAUCAAGAUAUUGUCAAAUUGUAUGAUAACGUAUUACAGGCAAUU